AUGAAAGAAAUUACAGUGUUGAAAUUUGAAAACCUUAAACCACACCCUGAUGCCCAACUCCGAAUUACGCAGGAAAAUGGUCAAUAUCAUCUUCACCUCUCAUGCCAUUGCACUAUUACGAACAGUCUCCCUGAAUCGCUAUACCUUGAAGCCAUGUUUUGGCUACAGACUGUCUGUGGUGGAAAAUUCAUCAAAUUGGAGGAAUCACAUUGGAAAAAUCCCGACUACAAGGCAACUUCUCACGUCUUCUGCAAAAAAGACCAUUUGCAGAUCCGGAAAAUUGUGCUUCUCGUCGAUGAAAGAAAAGCAAUCUGGAUGAGAAAUCCAACUGCUACACCGUUCGAACUUGGAAACGAUCUGUUUUGGAAAGUGAUGUUCAAGGCUCUUUUCACUGGUCCUGGCCCGUGCUUUAAAAGUUUUUUUAAAAGUGCCAUCAAUGAAUUUCUUCUUACCCCGCAAGAUUUCGUGGACGCACUCGAUUAUCUUUGUGAAGACUCAAAUAUUCUCGAGCAUCUCCAGCGUACGUCGAGUCCAACGAUUCAUCACCAAAAGAAACCCAAGAAAACACAAGGUCUUCCGACUUCAGUGAAAGAAGCUCUCCAAAAGGCAAACAACGAAAAACUGCAGACUAUCGACCAAGUAGAACCCGAUGAUACCAACAAGCAAUCGAAGAACAAGAAGAACAAGAAAAGCAAGAAGAAGCCAAAUCAAGGAAAAGCCCCCAACAACAUCCGCAAGACGAAGAAGCCAACCAAACUUUAA